AUGGCGACGUCUCGUGCCGCGCCCCUUGCUGGAGGCAUCGUUGUGGAGCAGGUGCUGACUCGAGUGCACAGGUGGUGGAGCGGCGUGGUUUCUAACGCAUCAUCGACGACGGGUCUCGGCGGUAUGGCGCAAUGGAGUUUCGGCGACGGGUGCAUGUGGAUGGACGCGUGCAUGAUGGUGGCACUGUCUGGCAUCAUGGUGACGUCGAUGAUAGUAUGGCCUAGCGAGAUCGGGUCGGGGCUCGCGCGCCCGCGCCUCGGAGCUCAACGCCGUCGCCGCCCGGACUGCCUCCCCGCCGUCCUCUACGUCGUCGCCUCCUCCCCUGCGCCGACCGUCCCUGAGCCCCGCUGCCCCGUGCCCUACCUUCCCCUCGUGAGCGCCCCUCCUCUCUCCUUCGCUCCCGCGCGCGCCCACGCAUACGAACGCUCGUACGCUCCGUGCGCGCUUCGUUCCGCGCUUGGCAUCGUCGCCGCGACCCCCCUGUUCGCCCGCGCCGCUGCGCCCUGCUCGACCUGCUGCUCCUGCCGGGCCACUGACACCCGCGCCCCCUCGCGCGCACACAGUUCCCGCCAUCGCCCGCGCUCCCUCUGCUUCACGCCCGCUCGACCACUCGUGGUCAUCGCCGUGUCGGCCCCGCACGCUCACCACCUGCCCACGUCGCCGCGGCCCGACCUCGUGCCCGCCGCGCUCCGCCCUACCUUCGCUGCGGCCUCACCUCGUAACCCCCUCCUGCUCCGAUCACUGCCCCGCCUCUCUCUGCCGCUGUGGCUCGCGGCUGCCCGCGCACCCCACUCGCCGCCUCCUCUGCUGCUGGCCGCUGCUCCGCCCCGUCCCUGGCCACCGGCCCUAUGCCGCUCCGCCACACGCAGCGCCCCGCUGCUCCUCCGUCACCGCCGCCGCCGGUCACCUGCCCUGAGGCCGCCACCGGCCAUGGCCUCCACCGGCGCCCUCCAUGACGCCCGUGCAUAUCGGGUCGGGGCUCGCGCGCCCGCGCCUCGGAGAGCUCAACGUCGUCGCCGCCCGGACUGCCUCCCCGCCGUCCUCUACGUCGUCGCCUCCUUCCCUGCGCCGGCCGUGCCCGUCAACCUCCCCGAGCCCCGCUACCCCGUGCCCUACCUUCCCCUCGUGAGCGCCCCUCCUCUCUCCUUCGCUCCCGCGCGCGCCCACGCGUACGAACGCUCGUCCGCUCCGUGCGCGCUUCGCUCCACGCUCGGCAUCGCCGUAGCGACCCCCCUGUUCGCCCGCGCCGCUGCGCCCUGCUCGACCUGCUGGUCCUGCCGGGCCACUGACACCCGCGCCCCCUCGCGCGCCCGCAGUCCCCGCCAUCGCCCGCGCUCCCUCUGCUUCACGCCCGCUCGGCCACUCGUGGCCAUCGCCGCGUCGGCCCCGCACCCUGCUCACCAGCUGCCCACGUCGCCGCGGCCCGACCUCGCGCCCGCCGCGCUCCGCCCUACCUUCGCUGCGGCCUCAUCCCGUAACCCCCUCUUGCUCCGAUCACUGCCCCGCCUCUCUCUGCCGCUGUGGCUCGCGGCUGCCCGUGCACCCCACUCACCGCCUCCUCUGCUCCUGGCCGCUGCUCCGCCCCGUUCCUGGCCACCGACCCUAUGCCGCUCCGCCACAUGCAGCGCCCCGCUGCUCCUCCGUCGUCGCCGCCGGUCACCUGCCCUGAGGCCGCCACCGGCCAUGGCCUCCGCCGGCGCCCUCCAUCACGCCCGAUCAAAUUUUGAAAGAUUGAGGAAGUACAGGGGGCUGCCGGACCUGCAAGAGGAGGUCGUCACAUGA